UCUGUGCCUUUCCAGCAAAAUGACUGUGCCGCUUUAUCGUCAAUAAUGCUCCUCCAACACAUUUUUACAAACUUAUCCGGGUUUGAUGAGAAAUCCUGGUCAAAUAUUAUCGACCCUCAUUUAGCACAGUGUACCGCGAAUUUCCUUUUUAAACUGGUUGGACAAGUGACUCCCGUUAUAUCAUUAGACCGAUAUGCUGAACCUUAUUACAUUGUAGAGAGAGGCGCAAUUGAUGAUAAAGUGAAUUUUCUGGCCACAUCAUUGGAACAAAGCGACACAAAUCAAUUUACAAUUAAGGAACUGGAAUAUUAUGUAGCUGCAGUUUUAAAGAGUUAUCUGAAGUCGUUGCAGUCUAUGGAAGCAUUUGAGAGUUGGAACCAACACGGAUACCAGUCUUCCGAUCGGUCAGUUUAUGCAUUUUCUAGAGGGCUCAUUCGAAGUAUGAGUCAGGAUCAUGAUCAUUUUCUUAAUUUACGCAUGUUGGAAGAAUGGCUACGAGUAAAUCCCACUUUCCUGAUAUUGUGGCGUGAUGUUUUCACUUACGUGUAUAGCAAAAAGUCUUCGAAGUCUUUUAAAUCGGGAAUUGGCUUGUCCUGCAAUUUACUACCAGUAUUAGAUGGUUUAGCGACUGGCACGAAUUAUACGCCAAUUUUAGACAUUCCACAUAUUAUAUUUGUGAACAGCAAUUUACCGAAUGAGUAUCGCAAUAAAUGGCGUUUUUUGUUUUCAUCAAAAAUUAUGGGCGAGAGUUUUUCAACAAUGCUUGCUAAAAUUGUCAAUAAGGGGCCUACGCUCCUGGUCGUUGAAGAUGAGGAUCGUUACGUUUUUGCAGGAUUCUGUCCAGUGUCGUGGUCCUUAAAAUCACAGUUUUUUGGCAAUGAAAGUUCAAUGCUGUAUACGUUGAGUCCUGAGAUGCGUUGUUUUAACUCAACUGGAUACAAUGAUCACUAUCAAUAUUUGAAUUUAAAUCAGCAAACGAUGCCCAACGGAUUGGGAAUGGGCGGACAAUUAUAUUAUUGGGGAUUAUGGAUUGACAGUGAUUAUGGCUUAGGUCAAAGUAGCGAGUCAUGUACAUCGUUUCGUGAUUACGUUCAACUAAGUAAAAAACAAAAUUUUAGGAUACGAAACAUGGAAGUUUGGGGCAUUGGCGAAGAACCUAAAGACGAAGAUUAUGAAUAUGGAGAAGGCGACGGGAAGAAUUCAAUACUGGAUACAAAUCUGGAAGAUAAAGUUAUGCUUCAAUUAGCUGGCAAAGAAAUUUAUUCUGAGGGUCUACGUGAACCCGACAUGGACUUUUGAAUAUAUGUAAAUUAGUUUAAGAUCAAAAGGAAGAUUACAUUUAUUUAUUUUCUUUAUAUGCCUUCGAGAACUCUACAUAUGUAUUAAUAUUUUGUUAAAAAGCUUCUAAUACAAAGGAUCCACAAGAUUUAGCCAACAAGUUUUUGCACAUUCAAGUUUUCUUCAAAUUCCUUUUCUGUCAUCAUGAUUUGAGCUUAAAAUUUGGAUUUUCCAUGAAAGACUUAAAACAUAACUCUCCUAUUCUUGAUUUUUCGUAAAAUAACUUUUCUAAUUAAGCCCUAAACCAUCAUAUAAUAAAAUGUUUGCACGCAAAAUCCUCUUAUAGUGUAUGCAAAUAAUAUUCACUCAAAACAUACUAGAGGUGUGCUCGAAGUCUUGCACGUUGCACGGAUUGCACGAAAUGCAAAAAUACUAUUCACCAUUCAUACAGAUACACCAAAAAAUUGAAGUGAGCAAAAUGAGAGAAAUAUGCAGUAAUUCCAACAACAAAACAGCUAUCACAAGGUCGAAUUUAUCUUGCUAUGCUUUUUUUGCAAAAUAUGUGCAUAGGCUUAGACGUUGCAUACUUUGCAGCGAUAGGAAAUGCUGUUUCCCAUGUAUUUUUUUGUUGUGUGCUUGCAGGUUAUGCAAUCCGUGCAAUCCAUGCAAAGGCUUUGCAAGAUUUCGAGAAUACCCCUAUUGCAUUGUUGAGAGCCGCAGUGAGUGUAGGGGCAUGGCACUUCGGUGCACUAUUGCUAGGCUGAGCGGGGUUCUUGACCUCACUGCUGUUCCGUGCGCCACACAUCGACGCGACCCAUACAAAUUAGCCGGACAAAAUUAUUUUAUGGAUUUAAACUAUAGAAGUCUUUAAAAUGAGUAAAUAAUGGUUAGGCGAGGGGUCUAUUGCGCACUGCAUGUGCGGUAGAGGGAUAAAAGUGGUAUUUUUUAGGUUUCUUAUUACAAUAAAGGGUUUGUUCUUUUCAAAAUGUAGA